GAUUACCACUUAAUAUUUUAUUUAUAUCGAAUUCAAUAUUUGAAGAUUUUGAAUUUUUAUAGUAAUUUAAAAUUAACCUACAAUGAUAAUUGAAUUCACGAUCAAAUAUCUAUAAAUAAAUAGUAUUUUGUUUCUCCGUACCAUAAUUUGUUGCUUUAAUAUUGAUUAGUUUAAUUUAAAUUGUUGAUCUAAAAUUUAAAAUAAGCAAAUUUUGAAAGUUUGAUCGAACAAGUUACACAAGUAUAUGAAAAUAUCUUGAUAUUUAUAGGGAGAUACAACCACAAAUUUUGGUUUUAUGUUAAAGGGAGGUGUAUAUGUCCCUAUCAUGUUAAGAGUUUAAAUUGGUAGACAUAGGACAAGUCAUUUGUAACUAAAUUUAGUUUUGUAGAACAAAUUCUAAUCAAAAUAAUUUGUGUUUUCUUUAGCUGCAAGUUUCUUUUAAUUUGUUCUCUAUGUUUGUUUGUUGUUUUUAUUUCAAUUUUUUGAAGUUUUAGAUCAACAAUUGCAGGGCAUAUCGGAGGCGGAUUCAGAAUUUUGAGUUAUGAGUUAUUGAUUAGUCUGAGUAGCCUGGAUAAAUUAUUUUUUAACUCAUAUAUAUUGAGUUUUGGUUGAAGUUACUGAGUUUUGUUGAACGCGUAACAAAGUACUUAUGGAGUCACAAAGGGGUAGUAUGAUUGAACAUUCAUUUGAUUGUUACUCAGCAGGUUUUCAAGAAUCUCUUGAUGAAUUGCCUGAUUGUUUCACUAUAACUGAUCCUUACAUUUCUGGUAACCCUAUUGUGUAUGCUUCGCGGGGUUUCUUGGAAAUGUUUGGAUAUUCAAAGUAUGAGGUGAUUGGGAGGAAUGGGAGGAUAUUUCAGGGGCCUAAGACUGAUCGUAGAUCGGUUUUGGAGGUUCGUGAGGCGAUACGAGAGGAGAGGGAUAUACAAAUUAGUUUGUUGAAUUAUAGGAAGGAUGGGACACCAUUUUGGAUGUUGUUUCAUAUGUGUCCUGUUUUCGAUGAGAAGGACGGGAGAGUGAUUCAUUUCUUGGGAGUUCAAGUUCCAAUUUUGAGGAGGCCUAAGCCAUCUGGAGUUGGACUAAAUUUAUGCCAAGAUGUAGCUGGCUGUCGAGAGUCCGUGCUUAGGUGUUAUAGAAGGGAAGUUCACUCCAUGAGCGUGGAACGGGCACUGUCUCUGGCAUCAGGUUCAGGCUUGGAUUUCACAGGAAUAGAUGUAGAGGGGCCGUGUGAUGCAAAUGAUCUAGAGAAGAGAAAAGCCACUGCUGUUAUAAACAACAUACUGACUGUGCUGGUACAUGACGGUGAAUCAACAGGCAGACUAGUCCGUGGAAAGAGACAUUCUCAACCUGGGACGGGUCUGCUCGGAGCAUCCUUAAAUAUAUCUCUUGGUAGAAUCAAACAAAGCUUUGUAUUAACCGAUGCUAACUUACCUGACAUGCCAAUUGUCUUUGCAAGCGAUAACUUUCUGAAAUUAACAGGCUUAUCAAAAAAUGAAGUGUUGGGCUAUAACUGUAGAUCUUUUAGUGAGAAGGAGACAGAUUCAAGCUCACAAUUUCGGAUAAAAGAAUGCAUCCAAAAUGAACAACCGUGUACACUACGUAUGUUAAAUUACAGAAAAGACGGAACCUCAUUUAGGCUUCAUAUCUCACCUGUCCGAAAUGCUUCAGGAAAGGUUGCAUACUUUGUCGCUGUUGAGGGUGAAGAUAAUAACGAGACCAAGGAAAAUCAGGGGUUGAGACAGCGUGGUGUCGUUGCAGCAGUAAAAGUUGCUGUGAGAGGCUUGUCAAUGAGUGUGAGAACAUGCUAGUUCUUGCACAAACUAGCUCCAGAUUUCUUCUGUGCUGUUAGUCGCCACUUCGCCACAAAGUCUCAAAAUCACUCCUUUACAGAUGUUACUACCUCACUGUUCUUGUUAGCACCAGAUGAAAUGCAUACAUAAAAGAUUAUAAAUAAGGUAAAUAUUUUGUUUAUCAUCUGUAUAAAAAGGUAGUCAAGUAGAUAUGUAACAAAAAUUUUAUACAAUUUGGAGAUGCGAUCCCCGUACCUCUCGCAUGCUAAGCGAGCGCUCUAGCUACAUCCCCUGGUUGUUGUAUGUUGUUGGGAUUUGUCGAUUCCAUAGUAACUUUUACUUAGGUUGUCAAUUUUUUUCCCCUUGAUGGUUGCAAUUUCAUUCCAUCUAUGAAAUUACACUGAAUAAGUUAUUGUUCAUGGUUGGAAUUA